AGCGGACUGCUCUUUGCCACGUUUCACUAAUGACGUAAUCCCUCCCGGUGACAGUUCUGUUGCGGUAACGACACACCGGUUGUUAGAGAGACAGACAGUUGGUUACCGUUAGCUGUACAGCUGUAUGCCGUGUUAACGGUCCCAGUCCCCCACGGCACCGUAAAACCACCUGAAGGAUCUGUGAUAGUUCGUACUCGGCUCACCAGCUAGCUGAUGGUAGCCGUUUCCUGUUUGGAGGUGCAGCCAUUUUGGAGUUUUAACGAGAAACAACUAGCCGGCUGUGUUUCUUGAGCAGUGUGAGCUAGCUGUUUCACGGCAGACAGGGAGACACUAUACACCGCGUCCACAAUGAAUCCCGAAUAUGACUAUUUAUUUAAGCUGCUCCUGAUUGGUGACUCUGGUGUUGGAAAGUCUUGCCUUCUUCUCCGAUUUGCAGAUGACACGUACACGGAGAGUUACAUUAGCACUAUUGGUGUGGACUUCAAAAUACGAACCAUAGAACUAGAUGGAAAGACUAUUAAACUUCAGAUUUGGGACACGGCGGGUCAGGAGAGGUUUCGCACCAUCACCUCCAGCUACUACAGAGGGGCUCAUGGGAUCAUCGUAGUGUACGAUGUCACAGACCAGGAGUCCUUCAACAACGUCAAACAGUGGCUGCAGGAGAUCGAUCGCUAUGCCAGUGAAAAUGUCAACAAGCUAUUGGUUGGGAACAAGUGUGACCUGACGACAAAGAAGGUUGUGGACUACACAACAGCCAAGGAGUUUGCAGACUCUCUGGGCAUCCCCUUUUUGGAAACAAGCGCCAAGAACGCCACCAAUGUGGAGCAGGCCUUCAUGACCAUGGCUGCCGAAAUAAAGAAGAGGAUGGGCCCUGGGGCCACAGCUGGAGGAGGGGACAAGCCCAACGAAAAGCUUACCCCCGGAACUUCGGUCAAACCAUCGUCAGGAGGAUGCUGCUGAGAGAGAAACCACUUGCACUUCUCCCCCCUUGUCCUCCUUUAUCUGCAGGCCUGUCAGACUGUCUGCCAUGCCCUCAAACUCCACUGUGUCCCUCCCCCAAUAGACAGGACAGGGACGAUUGACAUGUCUCUGUGAGCAGAACAAGAGGAAGUUUCCAUAUUUGUACUGUACAUAGUAUAGCCUCACUACCAAAAAUAAAUAAAGCAUCGUUCUUACUGUCACACUGUCCUGUUAUUGAUCACUACCCCCCCCCCCCGCUCAGAGACUACUUUUUUUUGUAGGCCCCCUGAAUGCAGGCUUAUGAGAACAGUGUGUUUAUCUGCAUUCCUCCUACUGUUGGUAAUGAAUCACUUCGAUAAGUUUCUCUUUUUUUCGAUGAUUAUGUUGCUGUGUCCUUCAGUCCACUGCGUCUCUGUCCACCAUCUGCAGUCUAGUGCAGCAGUGUGCGUGUCUACAUAUAUACAUACGAGUGUCUGUAUAAAUAUGUAUUUGAUCUGAUUUGCCAGUUCUGUAAUGUUCGUUGCAUUAUUAAAUCUUACAUUUUGUGGCUAAAGACAACUUGAAGUUUGUAGCUCAACCUUUAACUCUUCAAGUGAAAUAAAUAUUGUACUACCAGACUGUAUGAAAUAUGAGGACCUGUCUGCUAUUUUUGGUGAGGUGUGUAGAAAAACAGUUUUGAAUUAUUCUAAAUUCUUUUGGCAUAUAUUUUGCCAAUUACACAGGGUCUGUUUGCAAAUGGCCGUAGGCAUAUAUAAAAUACAAUGUUCUCUUGGUUUCAUAAUAAAGGCAAAUGAAAUUAAUUACA